AUGGUUCAAGCAUAUGCAGCAAGAGAUAGAGUUGCAUCCAUGCACCUUGAUGACACCAGGCCAGAUGCGAACGCAAUUCUAAACAUUCCUGUGCAGAACUACCUUCCAUCACCUGAAGACCAUCAGCUGCUCUAUCAUGAAUACAUCAAUGAAGUGCAGAAAAUUCUGUGCGCAAAGAUGGAGGCGUUUAAGGACGUAAACCUAGAACCCAUGCAGCACCCAUACAUGCAAGAAUUGAGCCAGAAAAGCCAUAUGGUCCCGCUGGGUGUCAUCGACAAGGAUGAGACGAAAAUCACCAAUAUGAUAGACAUCGUGGAAACUUACCAGCAGCUUGUGCCACUUCGAGAUGGUAAACUAGUUACCACCAUUCUCUAUGGUGAUGGGCUCUCCUGUGAGAGAGUAAACGAUGCCAAGUGCGCCAGGAUUAGUUCUGCAAACCCGAUGGGGCGCCUUGAUGGGAUCGAGCCACAGAUUCAGGAAUGGCAUAGACGUGCAAUACAUUUGAAUGACAUCUAUUCUAGCCUGUUCAGUGGGAAGAGUGCUAGAGACAAGGGAACACUGUUCUAUCUGAAGAGUCGUUUCCGACAUCGAAAUGUCAGCGCAAAUGUAAUGCACUGCUUUAACUAUGCCAACGAACUGAUGAGAUUUACCACAGAGGCAUAUGCAGUUGCUGCUGCCUGUAGCUUCCUUGGCCUGAAUGCACCAGAUGACUGCCUACCCAACCAACCCUCAGAACCACUUGAGUUAGAGCAUUUGCUCCUGAAAACUGCCAAGCAUGUUGUGGGGAUUGCAUUCUGCCCGCCUGAUGCCUCUUGCAUUAUAAAUGCUGCAGCUGAGGAGCCUGAGCUGAAGUACUGCCUCUGCCAGGAAGAACUCGAAGAUGCACAGAUGGUAAAAUGUGAAAAUAAGAAGUGCCGGAGGGGCCAAUGGUUCCAUCUCAAAUGCAUUGACCUGGCUGAAGAAGACCUGCCAGACGGAGAUUGGUUUUGUAGUCAACAAUGCAAUAACAAAAAGAUGAAGACGGCCAAGCCCUCAGCCACAGAGGACCACAAAUUUCAGUACAGCAAAGCUGUACUUUGGUACGGUUUGGGGGACUCUGUGAGAACUGAUGCAGUGAGGCAGGGAGACGGGAACAGGAUCAUCAUGCACUGGCGGCAGGACAUGGUUCACUUCUUUGAAGGACACCACACAAAGUAUUUUGUGUUUGGACACCGUCUUCUGACCAGCACAGGUGGUGGUGCAUCAGAAAGGAUUGCUCAUCAGUUAACAUGGAACAGGACGGUCAAUCCAAGUGGACUGCCAGGCAGAAACUUAGAAAUGGACCUGCAAAUGGAAUUUUACAAUAAGGCCUACAAAGAGAGCAUCAAAAGUGCUGGGGGCCAUAUUACCGACAACACCGUGAGGAGGCAUGGAGAUAUGGUCGGGCUAGGGCGAUCAAUGCAGCUCCUUUUCGAUCUCCAAGUGGCUGAGAGGCGCACAGACAAAAGGAAGCAUGGCCAGGCUGACAGAUCUCCUGAUUUUAAGGACUUGGUUGAACUCCUACUGGAAGAAGAAUGA